AUGAAGCUAUUUGGUUUCCCCUUGAGUGAGGACUUGGCUGGUGGAAUUAAGAGAUACCAGUGCCGAUACUGUCUUCGCCAAUUUGCCAAUUCUCAAGCUCUAGGAGGUCACCAAAAUGCGCACAAGAAAGAACGUGCUAGGCUAGCACAGUUCAGAUACCUUCAUCGUCUUCGUCAACAUGACCAUAGGCUCAGAACAGCAUCAAAUGGAGCACAAGGAUCAGGAUCUUCUCUUCAUCCAAAUGGGUCACUGAACUUUAGUGUUGGUAGUGCAACUAGUGCUGGUGCAGCUUGGUUUCAUAGUACUGCAGGGUCACCACAUCACUUCCCUUUUUCCAGCUCAUCUAGGACAGUGCCCUUACAAGUUCCACCGGGUGAUGAUGAUGUGGAUCUCAACCUCACACUCGCUUGCUCCUCAGAGAACUUCAAGACCUGA